CGCUGAUGUGAUUCUCGACGCGCGAGACCUCCGACAGGCGCGAGAUCAGACAUUCAAACCGAGGCUUUCCUCAACAAAAACAUUCGCAAAAAACAGCUGAAAUAUACAAACUUCACCCUUUUAUCCGCCAAGAUACAUAUAACAGAUUGUGUGUGUGUGAAGUGUGUGUUCCGGAGGUGAUGGGUGUUUCUGAGCUCUGGUCCAUCCUGGAUCCGGUCCGGCAGUCUGUGCCGCUCUACAGUCUGUCAGGAAAGACCCUCGCCGUGGACCUCAGCCUGUGGGUCUGCGAGGCCCAGCACGUGCAGGGCAUGAUGGGAAGAGUCACCAAACCGCAUCUCAGGAACCUGUUUUUCCGUGUGUCCUCGCUCACGCUGAUGGGUGUGAAGCUGGUGUUUGUGAUGGAGGGAGACGCGCCGAGCAUCAAAGCCGAGACCAUGAGCAAACGCAGCGAGAUGAGAUACGGAGCCAAGGCUAAACCUGCAGCGGCUAAAAACACCAGCAGAGGCCGAUUCAAGGCCGUCCUGAGAGAGUGCGCCGAGCUGCUGGACUGUCUGGGAGUGCCGUGGGUGACGGCGGCCGGCGAAGCGGAGGCUAUGUGCGCAUAUCUGGACUCGCAGGGCGCGGUGGACGGGUGCAUCACUAACGACGGCGAUGCCUUCUUAUACGGCGCUCAGACCGUCUACAGGAACUUCAACAUGACUACAAAGGAUCCUCAGGUGGACUGCUAUCAGACGUCUCGUGUUCGGGACGAGCUCGGGCUCUCCAGAGACACUCUCGUGGGGCUGGCCGUUCUCCUGGGCUGCGACUACAUCCCCAAGGGCGUCGCCGGAGUCGGCAAAGAACAGACACUGAAGCUGAUUCAGAAUCUUAAAGGAAAAAGUCUUCUUCAAAAGUUCACUGAGUGGAACGUAGACAGAGCUGAAAGGUCAGAGGUCGCGGUGAAGAAGGUCACGCACUGUCUGGUCUGUCGACACCCUGGCUCGGCUAAAGCGCACGAGCGCAGCGGCUGUGUGUUCUGUGAGAGCGAGCGCUUCUGUUCGCCGCAGGACUACGAUUCCCAGUGUCCCUGCGAGUGGCACCGCACCGAACGCGCGCGCCAGGCGUCCUCCGUCGAAGCCAGCAUCAAAAAGAAGACACUGGCGUGUGAGCGGUUCCCCUUUACUGAGAUCAUCCGUGAGUUUCUGGUGUCGAAGGACAAGCCCACGCAGCCGCUCCGCCGGAGGAAACCCAGCCUGCUGCUGAUGCAGACGUUUGCUCUGGAGAAGAUGGACUGGCCCAAACACUACAGCAGCGAGAAGCUUCUGGUGCUGAUGACCUACACCGAACUCAUGAACCGCAGACACGGCCGAGACUCGCCGGCCCAGGUCCAGCCCAUCAGAAUAUAUAAAGCGCGUGUCAGGAACGGCGUCUCCUGCUUCGAGGUCAUCUGGAAGAAACCAGAUCACUAUGUGUUUGCGGCGGGUCGUGAGGAGACGGAGGUGAGGACGCUGGAGGAGGAGUCUCUGUUCAGCCUGGCGUUUCCCGAGAUCCUCCUGGACUUCCAGCAGCAGAGAGCCCACGCUCAGGAGAACCGAGCCAAGAAAAAGAAGCCGAAAGCAAGGAAAGAGAAGCCAGCCGACUCCCAUGAUGCCGUGUCGGAUCUCUUUUCUCAGAUGUCUCUGCAGACGGACCCUGGAUCUACCCAGAAUCCUCCGCAGCCCAAUUCCCCUCCGUCCCCUGAGAUCCAGCCGCCGCCUCCUUCCCAGAAUUCCCUGUCCGAGUCGGCUCUGAUUGGCCAGCUGCAUCUCAGCAGUAUAGACUGGGACUCUUCGUCGUUCACGGCCUCGCCGUCCCAGAAGCCUCAGAGCGACAAAACUGACCUGAGACCGGCGGAAAACACAACCUGUUCUCUUCAGGAGCGAAUAAUCAUAAAAAACACCCAGAAACAGCAGCCGAGGAGUCCUGGGUCUAACGAAGACGACUGCCGUUCGCUCCCAACUAAUGCUCGGAAGACAAAACCCACCGCCAAAACCAGCAGAAACCCUCUCAGACCUGCAGCCGGGCCUCUGAGGAGCGUCUCGGGUCACAGAAACCCUUCUGAGAUCUGCAGGAGCGUCAGUGAUGACAGCGACGCUGAGAACCGACCCAGAAACAGAGUCAAGGUCACGUCUAAACCUCCCAAACCCGGCCCGACGGAUCCGCUCCGGCCGCAGACAUCAGCCAGGAACCAGCAGACGAGUGAUGAAGCUGCUAAAACACCUCACGCUGCCGGCAGACCAGCCACACUCAUCCAGGUGCAUCAUGGGACGCUUGAGGACGAUUCGGACGCUUCGCUGGACAGUCCUCGACCGCUGGCUGAGAGACUCAAGAUGAGGUUUGGAAAGUGAGACUGUUUGUUUCAGAGAAUAAUGUUUGGAAUUAAAAUUUGCUAAUAAAUUUAUACACAAUU